CUCGUCUCUCCACUUGGCUCGACCGCGCGUGCGCGGGGUCGGCGCGCUGGUCUGGAACAUGGCGGCGCGGUGGUUGUGGGCGGUGCAGCGGCUGCAGCGCCUCCUGGCCUCCGGGACCGUGUCGCAGAGCCGGGGAUGGCUCCACCCAUUCAGCACCGCCACCCCAAGAACGGCUGGGGAAGACUGCAGUUCUGAGGACCCUCCUGAUGUACUCGGUCCCUCCCUUGCUGAACAAGCCUUAAGGCUAAAAGCUGUUAAACUGGAAAAAGAAGUCCAAGAUUUAACACUAAGAUACCAGAGAGCUGUCGCUGAUUCUGAAAACAUAAGGAGACGAACCCAGAGAUGUGUGGAAGACGCCAAGAUAUUUGGAAUCCAAAGCUUCUGUAAGGACUUGGUGGAGGUGGCAGACAUUUUGGAGAAGACAGCUGAGUGCUUUUCAGAAGGAGCCAAACCCGAGGACCACAAGCUUACUCUGGAAAAAGUCUUUCAAGGACUGUCUCUUUUAGAAGCAAAGCUGAAAAGUGUGUUUGCCAAGCAUGGCCUAGAGAAAAUGACGCCCAUUGGUGACAAAUACGACCCUCAUGAGCAUGAACUCAUCUGUCACAUGCCAGCAGGUGUUGGGGUACAGCCUGGCACUGUGGCAUUAGUACGACAAGAUGGCUACAAACUUCAUGGCCGCACCAUUAGACUUGCCCAAGUGGAAGUGGCAGUGGAGUCUCAGAGAAGGCUAUGAACAAGCCACCGGGAACUAAAACUCUCCCAGGGUCCUGGCACCUCUGUCCCCUUUAUUUAUUAAGCUGGUUUGUAUUAUACAUGAGGUCCUUCGUGUGCUCUGCUUUGGAUUUAGUCAUAUUGGCUUUAUCUCUACAGUAUCUUAUUGGUUUUAUGUGACCUGUUUGGUCUCAUCAGAAGUCCUGCCACUGGGCAUCUGAACAAUGUGACAAGUGUCCUAUGGCCUUUAUCAAAAUGUUUACAAAAAUCAUUUAAAUUGGUACUCUGAUGACUGAAUCCAAAAUCCCUUAACUGUGUUUUCAACUAAUGACUGGAAUUAGUGUAGAAGCAUCUUGGGUCUUGUAUCUUAUGGGAAAGGGAGAUGGUAGGGAUUGGUUUGACAUUUAGGUCCUUAGAUGACAAAGCUUUACCUUGUAUAAAUUUAGAUCAGUUGGCUUGACUUCUACAGAGAGUUUUCAAGGCUGCUUUUCUAUUUCAUUUUUCAUUUAGUCAUCUUUUGUACUUGUAUUCCCUGCUAGGGGCACACUUAAAUUGUUCCAUAGCCACCCCUUUCUGGUCCCAUUUGGAAGGGCUAAAGAGUCGACCAGUCUUCCUUUUUUUUCUUGUUGGUAAGGUGUACUCUAUUAUUAAACUGGUCUCAAGUCUAUGAACAGGUAAGCUCUGGCUGCCUCGACAACACAGCCCACUCCCAGGGAGACCAAAAGCCUCCUUACAUCUCAAGUUAGAGAGUCAGCCAUGGGGGGCCAGGCAUAGUGGCUGACCAUUCAAAAUGAAAAGCAGAGGAUUGGGGUGGGUGGUUUUUUGCAGUACAUAAUUUACACAAAAGCAGUGCUGCUGCCUCCCUUGAACGCACUCAGAGUGAACUGGGCCAUCCUUUCCGUAGGGUGUGGUGCUGCUCUGGAGAGGACAAGGGACUUCCUGUAGCAACAACAAAAAUGCACUCAAAGUCCUCAGCCACGUUGUCACAUUGUAAAACUUGGGGGAUGCUUACCCCAAUCAGCUGCUGUCACCUUCGCCAUUCCAGUUUUUAAAUCCUGAGUCAAAAGCACCCCCCCCCCAAAAAAGAUUAUAUAUUUAUAAUUGACAAAAAGAACGAAGUUGUCUCGGGUUUUUUUUUCUCCGCACAUUUUGUCAAGAAAAGGUGUGAACACAGCUCCAUCAUUGUCCACCUAGAAUCAUUUGCAAUGUAUGAAGGAAGGGCCAUAUUCUUUGUACUCCUGGCUAAAUCAUACCUGCUGGAAGGUGGACAGCAAGACCAUGGCGGAGCUGCCCAUCUACACAGAGUACUUGCACUUAGGGAGCGAUGAUGUUGAUCUUUAUGGUACUAGGAGCCAGAGCAGUGAUCUGCAUCCUGUUGUAGUCGAUGCCUGGGUACAUGGUGGUACCACCAGACCGCACUGUGUUGGCAUAGAGGUCUUAUUGACAUCACAAUUAUGGAAUUGAAGGUAAGUUCAUGGACCCCAUAAUACUCCACACCCAGAAAGAAGGCUAGAAGAGCACCUGGGGACAGCAGGAUUGGUCCUUGCCAAUAGUGAUGACCUAGCCGUUAGGCAGCUCAUAACUUCUCUAGGAAGAAGGAUGCAGCAGCAGGCAUGCCUCACUGGAAGUCCAGGGCAACAUGGCACAACUUGAUGUUGCAAUCAGUUUCCUGCUUGGCUAUGGCAAGGUGUAGGCACACUUAUUCAGGAGCUUCAUGAGUAGUCUAUAAGGUCCUAUCCGACUGAGUCCAGACGCAAAAUGGUGUCGGGGUAGUUUCUAUAGGUGCCUGUGUGCCUGCAUGCAUGUGUGUGUCUGUCCUUGUCUCUAGAGUCCAUUAUGAGGCAAGUGGUACUAUUAGAGUUGUACAGACAGCAUAACCUUGGCGGCUGUGUGGUGUUGAUGGUCUUGAACAUGAUCUGGGUCAUCUUUUCAUGAUUGGUCUGGGGUUCAGGGAGCCUUGGUAAGUAGUAAGUGUUCCUCCAGGGUCAUACUUGGCUCAUUGUAUAAAGUGUGGUUUCAUCUCUGUCAUCCAAGUUGGUGACAAUACCAUCCUCCAUGGAUACCUCAGGGUCAGGAUGCUUCUUUUGGUCUGGACCUCAUAGCUGAAGUUUUCCCCAGUCCUGCCCAUCAGCCAUUAGCUCAGGCCUACCACUGACUAGCUCUUACAUUUAAACUCAGCCCAUUUCUGUUAAUCUGUAUGUUUUGCCACAUUUUCUGUGGCUUUACCUGUGUCCCAUUACAUGUUGCUCCUUGGGCAGCUGGCUGGCAUCUCUCUGGCCUUCUGCCUGCCUGUCUCUGAAUUUCCCACCUGCCUCUAAACUGCCUUGCCAUAGGCCAAACGGCUUUAUUAAUCAACCAAUCGGAGCAACACAAAUUCCCACCCCAUCAGGACCUUGUUGCCCACAUAUUAGCCUUUCUGGCCCAUUUCCACCAUCACACCCCAGUGAAGUAGGCAGAACACCAUGGAAACAGGAGAGAGUCUUGGAAGCAUCCUUGACUAUGAAGCUUUGCACGUGCUGGUGCCUGCGUAGCAGUAUCUGCUUCCAUGGCAAACGGUAGCAGGUGGGUACUCAGCAGUGGAGUUGCCGAGAGAGGCCUGUGUUUGCCAGGUGAACUUGGUGGAGUCUACAGAUCGUCUUCCCAUAAGCAAAGAGUUAUUUUCAGCCUCUUGAGUGUGAAGUCAUUCUAGGCAGGCAAGUCGACAGUACCAACAGCAAAUGACCCCACCACAUUUGUAUAGGUAAUUACCUACAGUGGCUGCUUCCACCAACCCUGACUCCUGCCCUUUAUCAGAUUUGCCCUGGGAUCCUGGGUUAGAUUGUAUGGGGAGGUGAUGGGCAAACAUACUGGACUCCCGUAAAUUUCUCAUUUAACAAUGCUGAGGUAUGCCUAUUUUCCUCUGUGGUGGAGAUUGCCAAAGUAUUACCUCUCGCAUCAACAAACUUAAUUUGUGUUUUUAGAGCACUGGGGAUUGAAUGCAGGGUCUCCAGAAUGCUAGGUAAGCACUCUACAACUGAGGUAUGCUCCCGGCCCUGACAAGGUUUGUUUCCUAGUUUUAUAACCAUCUUAAGCUAUAUUUGUAUGAGUAUCUGUCUCCUCUAUAUGUAUUAACCUUGUAAAUUUUACGAACCUGUAUUUUGUUUUGUUUUUCGAGACAGCGUUUCUCUUUAACUUUUGGAGCCUGUCUGGAACUCACUUUGUAGACCAGGCUGGCCUUGAACUCAUAGAGAUUCACCUGCCUCUGCCUCCCAAGUGCUGGAAUUAAAGGCGUGUGCCACCACCGCCCAGCGAACCUAUAUAUUUUUUUAUAUCUUAAUAACUGAUGCUGUAUAAAAGAUUUGUACAGUAAAUACUUUAAUGAGUGAAUAAUAUAUGAGGUAAACUUUAUAGAGGUUUUACUAUAAGGGAAAAUUUACUAUACAGGAGAAAAUGAGAAUGAGAAGUUGAUGUAAACGUGCUUAGGAAAUACUAACUUACACAAGUAGAAUUUAGCCAAAGCAGCACUCAGGUUCUCUUAGUGUAAUUCUGCCAGGCAGACAGGAUAGCUUUGGUUAACAGCUGCCUGGGAAAAGCAGUGCUGGCCUGUCUUGGGAUAACCAUGACAAUAUUUUACAUUGUAAAUUUCUCCAUUUGUCCAACCAAAUCUUGUAAUUUCUGUGAAAUGUGGUUAAACUCGAAGUAUAACUUGGAGCCAGGAAACUAUAUAGGCUGACAGGGAUUUCUGCUCGGGGCUGGUUCCCUUUUGUGCACUAGCCAGAAGCAGCCACCUACUUUUACUAAUCUCGUGAUCAAGGAGUGAACGAACUCUCAGUGGAAAGGCAUAUCAAUUCUAUAACAUAACCGUACCCUUUCUGCUUCUUCGGAAGCUUAAAAAUCUAGUCUGUGCUAGGACUACACUCAAGAGACAGCCCUUCUAGAUUCUUUGGACUACAAAUUAAACUGGCAAAAACUGGAUGAAUGGGAGGAAAACCAAAUUCCAUUGUAUACAUGAACGUAAGAGUCAUGCAAAAUCUGAGUGUCGGUGUCAGGAAAUGGGUGCUUCGAUCACAUCCUGACCUAGAACACAGGGCUUAGGUCUUCUGGAAAACAGAAAGCUGAUGAGUAAGGGUGGUCUUGUAGAAGCUGUCUGGAGAAGUCCUUUGAUAUGUAAAACUUUGCCAAUGUAAAUUUCUUUUCCACUUGUGCAUUAAAAAAGGAAAUUGAGUCUGUCAGCUACUCCCAUGACUGCGGUUUCCCAAAAUAAUAACCAGCAAAAUAUAUAUAUAGCAAAGACUAUUUUGAGGCAGCAUAUUCUAAUCUCAGACCUCCAGUCAUAUUUUCAGGUGGUAAGUUAACCCUCAAGAGUAUGAAGCCAUCCUCUUUUGACCUCCACCAAAUCUAAACACUUGGACAAAGAUAGGACUUAGAGAUGGUAUAAAAUGUAGAGAUGGUAUAAAAUGUACUGGGAGCAGUAAAUAUCACUUUUUUAAAGUUGUUUAUUGGGCUGGAGCGGUGGCUCAGAGGUUAAGAGCACUGGCCCCUCUUCCAGAGGUCAAUUCCCAGCAACCACAUGGUGGCUCACAACAUUUCUAUAAUAAGAUCUGGUGCCCUCUUCUGGCCUACAGGCAUACAUGUAGGCAGAAGACUGUAUACAUAAUAAAUAAAUCUCUUUUUUUUUUUAAGUUUUUUUUUUUUAAUCUUCUGUGCAUUGAUAUUUUGCCUGCAUGUGUAUCUGUGUGAAGGUGUCGGAACUCCUGGAACUGGAAUUAUAGACAGUUAUGACCUGCCAUGUGAGUAUUGGGAAUUGAACUCGGGUCCUCUGGAAGAGCAGCCAGUGCUCUUAACCGCUGAGCAAUCUCUCCAGCCCCCAACCUCUUUUUGUUGUUGUUGUUUUGUUUUUGUUUUUGUUUUUUCAAGACAGGGUUUCUUUGUGUAGCUUUGGAGCCUAUCCUGGAACUCACUCUAGAGCAGGCUGGCCUCGAACUCAUAGAGAUCCGCCUGGCUCUGCCUCCCAAGUGCUGGGAUUAAAGGCGUGAGCUUAAAAAGUACUAAUUACUGCAGGCUGGGCCAUGACUCGGUGGUUACGAGCAUUCUGGCUGCUCUUCCGGAGAACCCAGGUUCUAUUCCCAGAACUCUGCAGUCAGAAGAUUUCUCUUGCCAAGUCUUCAUUUUACCAUUUCACUAACUGCGUAUUGUAAACUUAAGGAGCAGUGAAAUUCCACAGAAGGGUUUUGCCCCCUUUUGCCUUCAUUUCUACAAGGUUGUCGGAAACAAUGAGAAAAUGAACCAUGUAUAUUUUGGAGUUACUAGCUGUCCUUGCCAGUGAAUUAGAACGGACUGUCAUUUUAGGAGUUCUGUUAGCUAAGGAGUGUUCUGGUCUUUCCAUAUAUUGUUGCAAGUAGAUCACUUAUUCGGUUCUUUUAUUGUUCUGUAGUUUUGCAGACUUACAUCAUGAGUUCAGAGUGAGAUGAAGCUCUAAGAAAGCUCAAAGGAGGGAUGAGGGAGCCAGAGCAGUGCAGUAGAACUCAGGCUUGGUAGGCAGAUUUUGAGGGCAGUUCUGGUACCUGGGGCUUCUGCCACCACUCAUUCCUUGUUUAUAAAAUGGUUAUAAUUCAUGACACUAUGAGGAUUUUGUGAGACUCCAGCAAGCUCUCCUGUUUUAUUGCUUAAAUUAUCACAUAGUUUUUCUUGCAUUUUUAUGAUUGCCUAAAGCCUAGGGAAAAGGGAACACUGAUUAAGUGAUUGUAUUAAAAAUAAUGUUGUAAACUAACCUACCAUGACCUGUGUGGCUCGGGUCCUGGAACCCUGGCUAGGGAUGGUGAGGGAAUGAAGAAUGGACAGACAUACAGACACACGCAGAGUGAAGCUGGGGUCAUGUGGGGUUCUACCACUGGGUGUUCAUUAGGUAUAGCACGGGGAGGGGUUAGCAAGUCUCGAGGUCUCUGGAGACCACCAAUCCCUGCUAUAAACAUCCAGGAGCAGGAAACCACGGUUGCUAGUCUUUGCACACACGGAUCAGUCUUGCAUAGACACUCUGACUCCAGAGAAAAGCUUUGCCAAUUUUCCGUGGGCCAAUUAAGGUCUUGUAGUCCUCAGCAGGCCGUACCCAUAUCAAAAUACAUCCUCACUUAGAAGUUCACUCACUCAGACUUCCCACCACUUCACUGACCGUCUUAGGGUUACUAUUGGUGGGAUGAAAUGCCAUGGCCAAGAGUAAGAUGGGGAGGAAAUGGUUUAUUGUGCUUACACUUCCAUAUCACUGUCCAUCAUCAAAGGAAGUCGAGGCAGGAACCUGGAGACAGCACUGUUGCUGAAGCCAUGGAGGAGUGCUGUUUAUUGGCUUGCUCGGCCUGCUUUUUUUUUUUACUUAAAAAAAAUUUUCCAUUUUACAUACCAACCACAGUUCCCUCUCCCAUCCCUCCUCCUGUCCCCUAACCCCUGCCUCCCCACCCCCCCACUCCCCAUCACCUCCUCCAAAAGGGUAAGGACUCCCAUGGGGACUCAACAAAGCCUGGUAUGUUCAGUUGAGGCAGGACCAAGCCCCUCCCUACUGCAUCAAGGCUGAGCAAGGUGUCCCACCUUAGGGGAUGACCUCCGAAAAGCCAGCUCAUGCACCAGGAUAGAUCCUGACCCCACUGCCAGGAGCCCCUCAAACAGACCAGACUACACAUCUGUCUCCCACAUGCAGAGGGCCUAGUUUGGUCUCAUGUAGGUUCCACAGCUGUCGGUCUAGAGUUGGUGAGUUCCCACAAGCUUGGUUCAGUUGUCUUUGUAGAUUUCCGCAUCAUGAUCUUGGCCUCCCCUUGCUCAUAUAAUCCCCCCUCGCUCUCUUCGACUAGACUCCUGGAGCUCUGCCUGGUGGUUGGCUGUGGAUCUCUGAGACUUAAGUCUGCUUUUUUGUUGUUGUUGUUUUUGUUUUUUGAGACAGGGUUUCUCUGUGUAGCUUUGUGCCUUUCCUGGAACUCACUUGGUAGCCCAGGCUGACCUUGAACUCACUGGCUCUGCCUCCCAAGUGCUGAGAUUAAAGGCGUGCACCACCACCGCCCGGGCUAAGUCUGCUUUUUUAAGAGAACCCAGGACCACCAGCCCAGGGUGGCUCCACCCAGAAUUGACUAGGCCCUCCCCCAUCAAUCACUAAUUUUAAAAAAUGCCCUCCGGGCCUGCCUAAAGCUGGAUUUUAUGGAGGCAUUGAGAUCCCCUCCUCUCAGAAGACACUGGCAGCGUCAAGUGGACAUAAAACAAGUCAGGACACCAACCAUUCAUAAUUACAUCUUUCCCUUCCUGUUUUGUUGUUUGGUCUGUUGUUUGUCUAACUGACCUUGUUACAGAAAAUAUACACUUUUAGACUGAAAGAACAAUAAAAUUGUGUCCAGGCCUUUAAUUAUUUUCAUCUUGAUGGCUUUGCCAUAAAAGACCUCAGUGUGCUGGGCAUGGCGGCCCAUGUCUUUGAUCAUAACACCUGGGAAACAGAAACAAGAGGAUCUCUGUCAGUCUGAGGCCAGCCCAGUUAUCACAGUGACAUUCCGUCUUAACAAAACAAACAAUGGGAUCUGGAGAGAUGGCUCAAUGGUCAAGAGUACUGGCAGCUCUUGCAGAGGACCCGGUUUCAAGUCUCAGUACGCACAUGGUGUCUCAUAACCAACUGUAACUCCAAUCAGACCUAAGGGAUCUGACGCCCUCUUCUGGCCUCUGAGGGUACCAAGCACACAGACAUUUAUGCAGGCAAAAUACCCAUACAUCAAAAAUAAAUAAAUGUAAAUGUAAAAUACCUUAGCUUGCAGUUGACAUGUAAGGAAACAUAGAUCCACUUGCAAAAGACUUGAUGUUCUAGUGCUUGGGCUACAAUUCUCUGCCUUUCCUAUGCUGUUAAGUUAUCCAUUGCUCUCCUCCAUGACAGCGGAUUCAAUAAAUGAUAAAAUGCUAAAGUAAAAUCAAAUAGGGAAAGAUAGGAUGAAGUAUAAUAUUAAUAUAAGAAACGCCUCUAGAACAGCUGAGUUAAAAUAACUGCAGCUCAGAUGUGGACGGUUUGGUUUGGUUUCCCUAGUGCUGGGGACAGCGUACAGAUGCUCCCAACCACCUGACUGUGCUCUGCCACGGAGUGCUCUACCACCCAGCAAUAUGCUCAGCCCUAGUCCUGGUAUGCAUACAGGCCUUCCAUACCCUGCCUUGAAUUAAUCUUGUAUGUUUCUACUUGAUUUGCUUGUUUUUCUUGGAUCUAAGCCUCACUUCUUCCUGCCUGUCUGGUUGCCUUUUCUUCUGUUUGCUUCUAGAUCUACACUGACUACUGGGAUUCUGCUUUACCCUUUGUUGUGUAGCGGUUUCCUCAAAGACUUGAAAUAUUCUGUGGUGGUUUGAAUGAAAAUGGGCCCCAUAGACUCGUAGGGAGUGGCACUAUUUGAAAGGAUUUAGGUGGCCUUGUUGGAGUGGGUGUCACUUUGUUGGAGGAAGUGUGUCACUAGGGGUGGGCUUUGGGGUUUCAGAAGCCCAAGCCAGUGUCUUUCUUCCUGCCGCCUGCCAAUCCAGAUAUAGAACUCUCGGCUAACUCUCCAGUACCCAUGCUUCCCACCAUGAGGAUAACGGACUAAACCUCUGAAACUAUAAGCAAGCCCCAAUUAAAUGUUUUCCUUUAUAAGACUCACUGUGGCCAUGGUGUCUCUUCACAGCAAUAAAACAUUGACUAAGACACAUUUCAUUCUGAUCAUUAAGAGGGAAAGUAAAUAACUCAAGUUAGCUUCAGGAAGUCCCUGAAACUGACCAGAUUCACAAGGUUCCCAGCCGUGCCACCACCCCCCUCCCCAAAGUAUGUGAACAGUAAAGACUUCUGAGAAUUACUCUCAGACAAGCCAGGUCACAAAGAAGACUCUUAGAUAAGCGGGAAGCAGGGGAACUGCCUUGAACAAAGACCAGGUAAGCCACCAGGAAAGGACACUCUCCAAGUUGUUGAGCUGCCUGUAGGCUAUGCAGUGUUCCAGGUUUCUGGCUUUGAUGAACUGUGGUGGACUUUGAUAAUGUAGCUCUCUUUCUGCUCCUAUAAAUAACCCCACACUGAUAUUUCUGUAAGUAACCCCAAUAAAACUUACUGACUCACCAAGUCA